CCUCUCUCUCUGUCUCUCUGUCUUUCUCUCUCUCAAGAUUGGUGAGUGUUUUGUUCAGACCAGAAACGUUAGUAUGGUUGGUGAACUGACAAAAGAACAGAUUCUUGAGUUCAAAGAAGCUUUGUGUCUAUCUGCCAAGGAUGGUGAUGGUUUCAUUACAUUGGAAGAACUUGAGAUGAUUAUCCGAUCUUUAGACUAUAGCCCAUCUGAGAAAGAACUGCAGGACAUGAUUGACAAGGCCGCCGCUGCUGAUGGCGACUGGGCGAUCGAGUUUGCGAAGUUCUUGGGGUCGAUGGCUAACAACAAGAAGGAGGCUACUGAUGUGGAGGAGGAGCUCAAGGAGGCUUUCAAGGUCUUUGACAAGGAUCAGAAUGGUUACAUAUCUCCUAGUGAGUUGAGGAAUGUGAUGAUCAACUUAGGGGAGAAGCUGACAGAGGAAGAAGUGCAGCAGAUGAUAAGCGAGGCAGACUUGGAUGGUGAUGGUCAAGUUGAUUUUGAAGAAUUUGUGAAGUUGAUGAGCACCAUUGGAUGAGUUUCUAGUUCCUUUAUAAAAAAAUGUACUUCUUAAAGUAUUAACAAAAUUGAUUGUUGUGUUGACAAUUCCACCGUGAAGAUGGAAAGAAAUCAAUAAGAGAGAAUUACAGUGGGCUGUGUGAACUCAAGAAUGAAGAUCUCUCUGCAAAGAUCUCAUUAAAUGCGUGCAGGUGCAUGAUGAAGAAUGAAGGCAAAAGCUACAAGCAUUUAAUGAAGACACAGGUCAUUGAGGAGUUCUAUAGAUUUCUAAGCUUGUUUCCAAAUGCAUGUAUUGUUUGUGUGCUUUUUCUUUAGAUUUGUGGACUUUUUGUUGCUUCAUUUUAUGUUGUCAGAAUGAGUGCUUGAAGAUUUCAUGACUCAUUUAAUGUGUGUUAAUAUUUUGUCCUUAGGAUAAUAAGUGUAUGAGAUGUUUGUCUUUAUCAUUAAAUGUAUUGUAGAUGUUCUACUAUUAUAUAAGGACAAGAGGGUGAGUAUUGUAAAUCAGAAGCCAUCAGAAAGCA